AUGCAGGGACAGCCCAAAUCGAAUUUGCAAGCGCAGCAAAUACUCUUGCAGCAGCUUCAUCUGGGACAGCAGCAGUCACAUCUUCAGCUGCAACAACCUCAGCAACCGCAAAAUGCAGGGAACGGACUAGCUGCCGGCUUUCAACCAAACGACGCCUUUAACGACAAUCUUGGUCAGAACGUGUUUCAAAAUAGCUUUCUGCGGAACCUGAACUCCUUGCAACAACAACAACAGCAACAGCAGCAGCAACAGCAACAACAACAACAACAGCAGCAGUUCCUUCCACAAUUUCAACAAAAUCAAUCUGCUCAAAGUGGCGGAAACCCACAAGUAAUUGGCGGCGGUAUUCUGCAAUCGCAGCAGCCGUACCAACCGAACCCCCAAUUGCAGAGACACGUCGCAGGCCUUCAGCAACCAUUCUUCAAUCAACCACAAUCGGUACUUCUGAAUCAACAAAAACAACAGCAGCAGCAACAACAACAACAACAACAACAACAACAACAGCAGCAGCAGCAGCAACACCUUCAAAUGCAAGCAGGGCAGUUACAAACGCCGGCGCCCAAGCACAACAAAUUGAAUGUAGAUAAUCCAAACAGCGACCACUGGCAAAACCAAGAACAAUUAUACCAACUAUCUAGGUCAAAUAAAGUCCCGCACUCGUAUGCAAGACAGUACGCUUCAAAUUCGAGAAAAUUGAAAAACCCAUAUACAGACCCAAAGUCGAUAGGUUUAGUAGAGGCGACCAAGGCCAUCGUGGCUAAUGCAGAAGAAGAGGAGCAGAAGAGGAGCAGCCUGUCUAGUAGUGACACGCCAACUACAAACUCGGCGUUGCUCCACAACAAGAAAAUCUCGCAAGACCUUGAUGACGACUCGAUGGAAGAGCAGCGGAUGAGAUUGAAAACACAGGGCAGACAGUUGUGGUGCCAGUUGGACUUGAGUGGACAAGGGUUGGUGCACCUAUCGCCAAAGCUAUUUCAUUACGACUUUCUAGAAUCAUUAUAUUUAAACAACAACAAAUUGACCACUGUUCCGCGGGCGAUCAGCAAGUUGAGGAGUUUGAGAAUACUUGAUCUAUCCAACAAUAGAAUCAGCGAGCUUCCUUCUGAGCUUGGCUUGUGUUUCAAUUUGCGAUUCUUGUACUUGUUUGACAACAACAUCAAGUCUUUGCCCAGCUCCUUUGGCAACUUGAUUGAGCUUUUGACGUUGGGAAUAGAGGGAAACCCAAUGGACUUGAGUACAGCAAACUUGCUAGCGGAAAGGGGAACCAAAGACCUUAUAGCCACAAUCAGAGACCUGCAAACAACGAGGAAACCGCCGGCACCGAGACCAUGGUUGCAAGUGGAGGAUGAUGGAGAAGUGGUUGAUUCUCAAGAAGCGUACACUCAGGAGAGCAACAAUCAAGCCAACACAUUCACAAUACUUUCGUACAACACCUUGUGUCAGCAUUAUGCAACGCCAAAAAUGUACAAAUUUACUCCCUCGUGGGCUUUGCAGUGGGACUAUCGGAGAGCUGCAUUGGAAAAGGAAAUUUUGCAUUAUUCCACCGAUAUCAUCUGUAUGCAAGAAAUGGAAACCAAGACCUACAUGGAUUUUUGGUACCACUUGUUGACGCAGAAUGGUUACAAAGGGUUGUUUUUCAACAAGACGAGAUCAAAAACGAUGAGCGAGAAGGACUCGUUGAAAGUUGAUGGAUGUGCCACUUUUUACAAAGUCGACAAGUUUACCUUGGUGCAUAAACAAAACUUUGAAUACAAUAGUGUGUGCAUGGGGUCCGACAAGUACAAGAAGACCAAGGACUUGUUCAAUCGGUUUAUGAACAAGGACAACAUUGCGUUGAUAUCGUAUUUGCAGCAUAAGGAAACGGGCGAAAAGAUUUGCUUUGUCAAUACGCAUUUGCACUGGGACCCGGCGUUUAACGAUGUCAAGACGUUGCAAAUUGGGAUACUUUUAGAAGAGCUCCAGCAUAUAAUCAAGAAAUACCAGCAUGCGUCGUCAUUGGAUGAAGUGAAAAACUCGUCGCUUGUUAUUUGCGGGGAUUUCAACUCCGUGAAAGAGUCAGCCGUGUACCAGCUUUUCUCAACUGGGGCCUCAAAGAACCACGACGAUAUGGCUGGCCGUGACUAUGGUAAGCACACGGAAUCCGGUUUCCAUCAUCCAUUCAAGCUAAAGUCGGCCUAUGAAACUCUUGGCGAGUUGCCAUUUACGAAUUUGACCCCUGCAUUCACUGAUAACAUUGACUAUAUAUGGUAUCUGACCUCGACGUUGCAAGUGAAGGGGUUGUUGGGUAAAGUUGAUCAAGAAUACGCCGAUGAGUGUAUUGGGUUCCCCGAUGCUCAUUUCCCGAGUGAUCAUGUUCCAAUCUUGGCCAAGUUCCAAAUCAAGAAAUCACUUGCUGGUGGUGGUGGUAGCAAUUGA